AGGCAUAUAGUCUCCCUGUCGCAUGGGCUCCCCCGGCGUUUCUAUCUGCGAAUUACUGUCGUAUCCACGAGGAUCCACGUAGCCAACAGCAAACAUUGCAUUCAUUUCGCCUUUACCCCGGCCAAAUGCGUUCUGUCUAUUGAGUUCGCUGCCUCCCAAUGCCAAUCGCAGACGUAAAACGCCUGGAACCGGUUGUUCGCGCGUUUCUUAUAAAACGCAUUGAUAUACAGUUGCGUUUAUAACAGACAAUAACAAAUUUGUCAUAAACAGUCAUUAUCGUCGAAUAUUUAUCGAGGAUUGAGCCGGCUUUCAAGACAUAAGGAUGAAUUCCAUUCGACAUGUGCCUUCAAGGGUAAAAAGCAAAAGGACGGAAACCAAUUUAGGUGCGGAGAGGGAACAUUUUGACAAGCAGCAGCUCAGCAGCAUCAGCAAAGCCAUCAACUCUGCUGAGGCUCCUUUGAAGGAGAAACAUGCACGCCGGAUCAUUCUGGGGACCCACAGAGAGAAGGGGGCCUUCACCUUUUGGUCUUACGCAUUGGGCCUCCCCCUGUCCAGCAGCUCCAUCCUCAGCUGGAAGUUCUGCCACGUGCUGCACAAAGUGCUACGGGACGGCCACCAUAAUAGCCUCCAAGACUGCAUGAGACAUCACAGUAACAUAGUUGAGACCGGGCAACUGUGGGGCAACCUUCACGAUAGAUAUGGACAGCUGGUGGCAUUGUACGCAAAGAUGCUCUGCACCAAGAUGGAGUUUCAUGUGAAGCAUUCUGAAAUCCGAUGCAACCUAGAGGUGACAGAUGAGGUUUUGGAGCGUGUCGCGGGAACGGAUGUCAAUAAUGUGUUCCAGGUCACUGUGGAAGUAUUUGAUUACCUGGAUACAGAGCUGAGGCUAGCGGAGACAGUGAUCCGGCAGCUUAAUACCUCCAGUACCAUCUCUACGAUGACGUCUGGCCAGUGUCGUCUGGCACCCCUCAUUCAGGUCAUCCAGGACUGCAGUCACCUCUACCACUUCUCAGUCAAGCUGCUUUUCAAACUACACGCCUGUCUCCCACCAGACACCCUGCAAGGACACCGUGAUCGUUUCCACGACCAGUUCCACAGCCUCAAGACCUUUUUCAACAAAGCCAGGGACAUGCAGUACUUCAAGAGACUCAUCCAGAUCCCUAAGCUGCCAGAUUCACCUCCUAACUUCCUGCAUGCGGCCUCCUUGGCCAAGCACGCAAGGCCGGUGGUCGUCAUCCCGGACGAAGAUGAGCCUGAGCAGCAGGAUGAUGACGACGAUGACCCUGAACCACUGAUCGAUGUCAGCGAGAUCCCCGCAGCCACCAUGGCGGUGCCACAAGCAAAGUUUGACAUAUUUGAUCAGACCUUUGGACCUGCCAACGGUGGUUUUGACGACCGGGAAAUCCAAAUUGAGACCCUCAAGCGGGACUUGGAGCUGUUGAGGUUAGAGCUGGAAAGGGUCAAAGGAGAGGCCCAACGCUACAUCACCCAGCUCAAGUCCCAGAUCAACAGUCUGGAGGCGGAGCUAGAAGAACAGCGAGUGCAGAAACAGCGUGCCCUAGUGGAGAACGAGCAGUUGCGCAUGGAGUUGGAGGCCACACGCCGCCGUAAUGCUGAGCACGAGAGCCUGCAGGCCAGUUUUGGAGAGGCAGAGCAGAGAGCCCAGGUCACAGAGCAGCGCUACAAUAAGUUAAAGGAGAAGCACACUGAGCUGGUGUCUAGCCAUGCGGAACUGCUGAGGAGGAGUGCAGACACAGUGAAGAUGCUGUCAGUCACCCAGCAGACCCAAGAGGAGGUGGAGAGGACCAAGCAACAGCUAGCGUUUGAGGUGGAGCGCAUCAAACAAGAUGCGGACAUGAAGGUUGAAGAGCAGAAGUUUGAAAUACUGAAGCUCAAACGGGAGUUUGAAGAGAAGAGGGCAGAGCUGGAACGUGUCAAAGGCACUCUACACAGCAAUGAGAAGGUGGGGGAACAGCUGACCAGCUCCAUGUCAGCGCUGCAGGCAGAGAAGGAGCGUCUGAUGCGUUCUGUGAGUGAUAAGGAGGCGGAGCUGUCCUCCCUGCGCCAGGCUGCACAGCUGCAGCAAUCAUCCCUGCAGCAGGAGAGAGAGAGGAGCACCAAGGAGCUGGGAGAGCUACAGGGCAAGCUGAAGGAGAAGUCUAGCCGUGAGGAGCAGUUGAAGCAGAAGUUGCUGGAUGAGCAGUUCACCCUGCUGCAAGGAACCGUCUCUGAGGCUGAGAGCAUCAUCCAGGAUGCUGUUGCCAAGCUGGAUGACCCCCUGCACAUCCGAUGCACCAGCUCCCCAGAUUACCUGGUCAGUCGGGCAGAGGCCACGUUGGGCUCAAUUGACAAGGUCAAAAGUGGUCACUCUGAGUACCUGACGAACAUGGGAGACGCUGGCGGGCUGUUGAGGGCCCUGACCCAGUUCUCCCAUCUCACCGCCGACACCAUCAUCAAUGGCAGUGCAACAGCACACAUGGCUCCCACCGACCAUGCGGACCGUCUGACAGAGAAUUGCAGGGGCUGUGCCACUCAAAGUCUGCAGUUCUUGAAGGAUCUGAAGUCCAAGGCCUCGCUACAGAGGGCUGAUCCAGCCUCCAUUCGUGUGGUUGUCCAAAAGAUCCUGAUGCUUGGAAAGGAGCUGCGGCCCAAAGGCAUGGAUGUGCGACAGGAUGAGCUAGGAGAUCUGGUGGACAAGGAGAUGGCAGCCACAUCAGCAGCUAUCGAGGAGGCAGUGCGCAGAAUUGAUGAAAUGAUGAAUCAGGCACGAAAGGACACCUCUGGGAUCAAACUUGAGGUCAAUGAAAGGAUCCUGAACAGCUGCACAGGCCUGAUGAAAGCCAUCCACCUGCUGGUCCUGGCGUCCACUGACCUACAGAAGGAGAUUGUCGAGGGAGGGAGGGGUGCAGCCACUAUUAAGGAGUUCUAUGCCAGGAACUCCCGUUGGACGGAGGGUCUCAUCUCUGCCUCCAAAGCUGUGGGAUGGGGGGCUACACAGAUGGUUGAGUCUGCUGACAAGGUGGUGCUGCACACAGGCAAGUAUGAAGAGCUCAUCGUCUGCUCCCACGAGAUCGCUGCCAGUACAGCACAGCUGGUUGCUUCCUCCAAGGUCAAGGCUGACCGCAACAGUACGAAACUGACAGCUCUGCAGCAGGCUUCUCGCCGCGUGAACGAGAUGGCAGCCAGUGUAGUGGCCUCUACCAAGACAGGCCAAGAGCACCUUGAGGAUAAGAAUACCAUGGACUUCUCCGGAAUGUCCCUGAUCAAGUUAAAAAUGGAAGAAAUGGAGUCGCAGGUGAAGGUGUUGGAGCUAGAGAAUCAGCUGGGUAAUGAGCGUCUGCGUCUGGGAGAGCUCAGGAAGAAGCACUAUGAUAUAGCAGGUGUUCCAGCAACAGACUUCUCAGAGGACAAUGGCCUGGCCUCCGUACCUACCUCUGUUGCUCCGCCCUCACCCAACCCCACCAAACCUAGCAUCAUGAGGAAGCCUGCCUUGGCUCAGAAACCCAAUCUACCACCUAAAAAUAUGCCCAGGUAGACCGCUGCAAGCUGCAAGGACAUGUCUGUAAUGGAGGGUCGGAAACAAAGACGCCUCUCGUAUGAAGUAAACACAGGGUUCCUUUGAGCUGCUUUCAACUGGACAAUCCUCCAUCCUAAACACAACCUUGCCUCUUCUUUUGUUCUCUUUGACAAACUGGAACUGCUCUUCUUCGGGGCUGAUUUUCCCGCAGUGCUUUCUGCUUUUAAAAGCAGCACACUGUAUCCUUCUUUUAUGGAUUAACACUUGAGUGCCAUCAAGGUGGUAUUCUUUAUUAUAGUGGACAUAAUUUUAAUGAUUAAAAUGAAAAUAUUUUAAGAAAUCACACUAAUCCUUUUUAAUACAACAAUGCCAUUUUGUGUCUAAACUUUUUACUUUUAAUGAAUGCUUUAAGCAAAAGACUGGCUGUGGAUCUGAAUGGUCUUUGGCCUUUUACUAUUUCUGGCACUAUGAAUCCAGAAGCUUCUUAGCAUGUGCAGAUCUCAUUCUGUGCUUGUGUUUAUGCUCUUUACAUAGCUGUGUCUGUUGCUGAACAUUCCCAGUCCCAUUUUGAACAAACCAUAAAUGUAUGUGUUUUAUAUAGGCUUUGUAGGAAAUAUUCACUGUCUGUUUUAACUUAGGAUAUAUUGCAUUAGGAGAAGCAUGGCGCAGUCUAUACACUGAAUUGGGACUCUACUUGCCUGCCCCUGCUUUAGCAAAUUUCGCAAUGAUCAUUCACGUAGGUUACCUUGCGGUUUUGUUGUUUGUUUCAGGCUUUUAUUUGUAAAAGCUGUUACAACAGACGUUUGUAGCCUACAACAGGUUGAAGUAUGUUUAGUACAACUCACAGGAGGAGCGGUAGGUUUCUUUUUGGGAUAUUUGUUCAAAUACUGGCAGGAUUUUUAUUUCUGCUGUUCAGAAUAAUGAGGUGGGGACAUAGGCUACAUGUUGAUGAAAUUGUGAGUAAAGCAGAAUGUUUCAAAGUAAAGCUGGAUCCACAGCCAAAAAUGUUUUUUAAUAAUUGUGUUAGAAUGGCCAGGAUCACUGUAAUAUAAAAGCAACAUUUUAAAUUAGGCCAGACCUGUGACAGCCUCUUAAAACACAUCGCUUGGGAGCAUCUUUGUGGAGUGCCUCAUUGUAUUUAUUUUUUUCUAUAUAUCAGUUGGUGCUUGCUAAAGCUGGGAGACUUCGGCAAAUCAGGCAGAAAAGCACAUGUUCACAUGCCAAGUCCAUGUUGGAGACCUCUGAAGUGGGUCCAGCUUGUCAUUCACACUAGUUGUAUGCAUAUGUGUGCUUCAUUCCUUUACAUAUCCCUGAACAUGAUCAUCAGUAAGACCAGGAGUUGAACAUGUUUAGAGAAAGACCUCCCAACCCUGUUUAAGUUACCAUGUUUAACUAGAUCUGUCUAGAUUAACCUGACGUUCCACAGUCGGUCCUUUCAGUGCCUAUUCACAUGUAUAUGGGUAUAAUUAGGCACUUUACAUUCAUUAACAAUAAGAAAUUCACUCGAUGUACAAAUUAUUGUAUGUAUCUCUUCUACGGCCCCCUAACCAAUUAAUGUCUCACAAUGUUGUCCCCAGACAUUGGUCCACAAAGGGAAUCCCCUUGACAAUAAACCAUUCUCACCUUACAGUACAUUUUUGGAGGACGGACAUAUUCCUGUAACUUUCCCAGGCUGAAAGGCACAGGAAAUAAUGAAAAUGUGAUGGCACAAGGGGCUGUACAAUGCUAUAGUAUGCCUAACUUCUCUUUUUUUGUGGGAGCUAAAGAUUCUUACUUGUAUGUAUGUAUGUAUGUUCUGGUUGUUUCUCUGUUUUAAACAUGUCUUUAUACAUUCAAAUAUAGUAAUAUAUUUUAGUAAAGAUUAAUGUUACUGUGGAUCACCCUUGUAAUAACUGUAUAUGUCAAAUGAACAAUAAAUGUUUAGACCUAG